CAAAACCCGGGGCUCCCUGGCGACGCCGCGUUCUCAGUCUUUGGGAGAGGUCGCGCGGCCUGGGUCCUCGAAGCCGGACUGUACGGCCCCCAAGGGGUCGCGACCGAACUACUAAAUUUCCGGCGAGUCUGGGAAGGCCACCUCCCCCACCUGGAGAGUGACCGGGGGUGACAUUGGCGCCUGGUCUCCCUCCUUUCCUUGGGGAGGGGUCGCUGCUGUGGGAGCUUGUGGGAAGGCGUUUGGACUCAUCUCUGGGCUGUGACUCCUUCGAGGACCAGCUGGGGUCACUCCGCCCGUCUGACCAGAGCUGGCAGGGGGUGCAGGGACAGAGUGCCCGGAGCCAACAAAGGGGCCUUUCUCUGCUUGCAGGGAAGAGGCUGGCCCUUGUUAAGUCGAGGAUGGGAUGUUGUCUGGCUGCCGUUGUCCCCACCCCCAUAUGACCCACAUGGUGGGUGGAGACCCCAGCCACCACCCUGCUCCAGGGAGGGGCGGCCGGCACGACCAGAGCUGCUCCAUAUGUCAAGCUCUGGGCCCAGUCUAACCUUGUUGCUUCCCCCACCUUGCAAGUUUCCAGCUGGGAGGGGAGAGGUCCAGGAACACCAGAGCCCAGGAGGGGAUACGGUCACUUUGGGACUACCAGGUUGGAGCAGGCUUCCUCCUCACUUCCUGAGGGAGCUGGGUAGGGGACAGCAAGAUCACAGCGCCCCCACUUUUGGAAUCCCCGGAGGUCUGGCAUUCACUCCAAAUUUGUGGCUCGCCCUUCCCCAGAAACGGGUGGGCUGCCUCGUCCUCCAAAGCUCAUCUUCUUGGCAGCUGUCUGGUUGCCAGGGGUUACUGGAGCUGGCUCCAACUGUCUCCAUGGCGACUGUUGGUGCUCCAGCCCCCUCAGCCUCUCCUAGGGGAAGGGGGCGGGGCUUGGACGGCAGCUGUGGAGCCCCGCCCCCAGGGAGAUUGAGGCUCUGCUCCCAGGGCUGCAGGGGCUCUGAGCCCCGCAGAUUCCUCCGCGUCUCACCGUUUCAUGCCCCCAGUUCUCUUGUGCCUUCCCCGAUGUCCCUUCAGCCCCUAGCCAAGCGGUGCCGCCUCCAGCCUAGAGAUGCCGCCAAGAUGCCUGAGAGCGCCUGGAAGUUUCUCUUCUACCUGGGCGCCUGGAGCUACAGCACCUACCUGCUCUUCGGCACUGACUACCCCUUCUUUCACGACCCACCCUCCGUCUUCUAUGACUGGAAGACGGGCAUGGCAGUGCCACGGGACAUUGCAGUGGCCUACCUGCUACAGGGGAGCUUCUACGGCCAUUCCAUCUAUGCCACGCUGUACCUGGAUGCUUGGCGCAAGGACUCCGUGGUCAUGCUCGUCCACCACGUGGUCACCUUGGUCCUCAUUGUCUCCUCUUAUGCCUUCCGGUACCACAAGGUGGGCAUCCUCGUGCUCUUUCUGCAUGACAUCAACGACGUGCAGCUGGAGUUCACCAAGCUCAAUGUCUACUUCAAGUCCCGCGGAGGCGCCCACCACAGACUGCACGCCCUGGCUGCCGACCUGGGCUGCCUCAGCUUCUGCCUCAGCUGGUUCUGGUUCCGCCUCUAUUGGUUCCCGCUCAAGGUCCUGUACGCCACGAGCUACUGCAGCCUGCGGUCGGUGCCUGACAUCCCCUUCUACUUCUUCUUCAACGCGCUGCUGCUGCUGCUCACCCUCAUGAACCUCUACUGGUUCCUGUACAUCGUGGCUUUUGCUGCCAAGGUGCUGACGGGCCAGGUGCGGGAGCUGAAGGAUGUGCGGGAAUAUGACACGGCAGAGGCCCCGAGCCCGAAGCCCCGCAAAGCUGAGUGA